CAGCAGGUCGGACAUUCGAUCUUUUCAAGUAGCGAGCGAAGAGCUGCGGACGGCAGACGCGAAAACUCUGAUAAACUUGAGGAGCUUCCGUCAAUGAACAUGUGUCCGAACAAUUUAAGAAGGGCUUGAUCGUUGUCUGUUUUGCCAUGACCAAGAUCAAGCUCUUGAGAGCGAAGGUUGACUUGUUUAUCUCGGUAGCCGCAACUCAGACAACACCAUGAUUUCCAAGGACGAAAUCUUGCAACCUCAAGUCAACGAAAGCCUCCCAUCGGCCUCACAGAAGGAGCAAAAGAAGAACGAUAUAAUCACGCAAGCCAACGAGGAUACUGCAGACGAUCUAGUCAAAACCCCUCUCGAGUCUGACACCCCCGGUGUCAAGAAAGUCGAGCGUUUCAGCCAUGUUCUCUACCACUCCGGUAGAUCGGGGCGCCUACUCUUAUACGUCCUUGCUGCCUCCGUUGGUCUGACAAUGUUCGGCUAUGCCCUCGACCAAGGCAUCACUUCACAGUUCACUGUCAUAGCAGCAUCGGCCUUCUCGCACCAUGCUGAAAUCAGCGCCGUCAAUACUGCCGCCUCGAUCAUCCGCGCCAUCUCAAAGCCUUUCAUUGGAAAGCUCUCGGAUAUCACAUCACGUCCAACUUGCUACCUCAUCGUACUGAUAUUCUAUGUUAUUGGAUUCGUGGUGGCAGCGACUUGCCAUGACAUCGGUGCCUAUGUUAUCGGUAUUUCGUUCACUGCGUUUGGGAAGUCGGGAUUGGACUUGUUGGGCGACAUCAUUGUGGCAGAUCUCACACCGCUGGAGUGGCGCGCUUUCUGGAGCGGCUUACUCAGUAGCCCGUUUAUCAUCACGGUGUUUGUCAACGGCUUCAUCGCUGAUGCCAUGAUUCCUGACCACUGGCGCUGGGGUCUCGGCAUGUUCGCAAUAAUGAUGCCAGUCCUCCUGAUUCCUGCGAUCUGGACACUCUACGGUGUACAGAGACGAGCAGACAAGCUUGGUGCUAUCAGUUUCGGUGAAGCUGGUGUGGCCCGUAGAGAAGGUAUCAAGGUUCGUACCGGCAGCGACUACCUCAACCUCGCCUGGCGCGGCAUCAUCGACAUUGACCUCGCCGGUCUCAUCCUUCUUGGUUUCGGUUUCGCUCUUGUGCUCCUAUCCUUCAACCUUGCGAAGACAGCCAAAGGAGGUUGGAGCAACCCGUCCAUGAUCGCUAUGCUUGUUGUCGGCUGCAUCGUCCUUGGACUGUUCGCUGCGUUCGAGAUCCUGGUCGCACCAAAACCGAUCAUGACCCGCCGGAUCUUCAGGAACAGAGCCUUCAUCUGUGCUCUGGUAGUUGAUGUCACUGGUCAGAUGGGGAGCUCGACACGCGCGACCUACUUCUCUUCAUACGUUUACAUUAUCAAGAACUGGUCAAACUACGCCUGGAACACAUACCUGAACACCAACACCUUGGUGCUUUGCCUCUUCGGUCCACUCGGUGGUCUGAUUCACCGCUACUCACAUCGCUACAAGACGCUAAUGGUCCUUGGUGCCAUCCUCAAGCUCAUUGGCAACGCUAUUCUGAUGACGACCGAUGUCCGCAGCACCCAAAACACAGGCGCUCUUGUUAUGUCUCAGCUCUUGCUGGGCUGUGGAGCCUUCACAGUCAUUGGCGCACGCGUUGGGUCUCAGGCUUCAGUUCCACACGAAGACUUGUCUUCAGCUAUCGCGAUCGUUGCGCUGUGGAGUACACUGGCUUCUUCAGUAGGAUCCACCAUCGCUGGGUCCAUCUGGAAAGACAAGAUGUUACCAUACAUGCGCGAAGAGAUGCCUGACGUGUCGGAGAAAACAAUCAGGGCAAUUUACAACAGUAUCAAGACAUUGAGAAUACAAUACAACUGGGAAGAUCCGAUUCGACAGGGCGCUGUGAGAGCCUACACUCGCGUCAACGGCACACUAUUUCUGGUGGCCGUGAUUCUAAACAUCCUGCCUGUAAUCUUUUCGCUAUGCAUGCCUGAUUAUUACCUCGGAAAGCAGCAAAACGCUGUGACGAACAAGGGUGUCGAUGGUCAACUCGUGGAGACUGAACGAAGAGCAGAAGAGACCGAAAAGACCGGACUGUGGGUGAAAGUGCAAAGCUUAUACCGCAAAGAAACAUGAAGCAUCGGCUACUAUGACCAUGCCAUCGAGCCUUGCAGGAGUAUGGUCAGAUAAGGGUUUUGCUUCCCUUUAGGGCCAAGAUGUGGCGCCUCUUCGCAUGCUAACCCGUCGUUCGGGCCACCGAGGCAUGACAGUUAGAUGUUGUACCAUAAAGUGCUCUAUACCUUUACAUUUGCAUCCGUAUUUAUAUCAAACCACUUCCUCCCAUA